AUGGCUGACACAGUCAUGGCAGAUGCGCCACCGGUCGAGUCCCCCCCUCCCUUCUCGUUGCGUCCGCGUUUCAAGAUCUCGGACCUACCUCUAGUCAAAGAACAGCGAUCCACCAUUGAUGCGCUCCUCCUCAAGUUCAAGAAGAAAGGCGGCUACGACAGCCUUCGAAAGCAAGUAUGGGCUUCCUACAACACGUCUGAUGCGAAAACCGCCCUCACGGAACAAAUCCAUACCAUUGCGGAGGCGGAGAUUGAAAAAGACCCAAAUCUACUCAGUCGAGAACGGGGCAAGGCAGCAACCUUGAUCCAAGGCGCCGUAGACCGAAGCGGCAUAUACCAAGAUGUCGAAUCUAGGAUCGACCAGGAGAUUGCGAGACAUUUAAGCACUGUGCUGGACGCUGUACGUGACAUUCGCAGGGAAGACGUCGGGGCUGAAGUCGCAGCUGAAGAGGAGCAGCGGGGCGGCAAGUCUGAUGAGCAAUACGCGGCGGAGACUCAAAACCGGGCUGCUGAAAGAGAGAAGAACAGAGCUCGGAUGGAGCAGUUGCUUCGUGAGACGGCGGAAUUGAAGGCCAAGAUCAAGCAGGAAGAGGAACGGAAGCGGAAGAAAGAAGAAGCAAAGCGAGAAGAAGAGGAGAAGAAGAAACGUGAAGCAGAGGCAGAAGAGAGACGAAUUGAGCGCGAAAAGAGACGGAAGGAGGAAGAAGAGCGGGAAGCAGAAAGGGUCAAGGCCAGGGAUGAGAGACACAGAAAGCGUGAGGAAGAGAGACGGGAACGAUAUGCUCGAUAUGAAAAGGAGCGGGAGAAAGAAAGAGACCGCGACCGUGAACGCGACAAAGAUCGUGACCAUGAACGAACAAGCCGAAAGAGCACCGAUCGACGAGAUUCGGUUGCAGGAUCCACAGCUGCCAAAGACGUUCAAACGGACGAGAAGGAUUUAGAGGCCACAGCCCUCGAACUUCUUUUGAGUGAAGGCAAAAAAAUGGCAGAAAAUCUGAAAUACACGACAGCUCGCGGAAACAUGUUACGUCGGACCGAUUUUCCCGACGAAGAGACAGAUCUCGAGAAAGCCACAAACGCGAGCCCGACCGUCGAAGCAGAUCCCGCGACAAAAAGCCAUCCGUCCAAGAAAAAGACAAACCUGAACCAGCUCGCCGCCGGAGUCCCAGUAAAGAUCGCGAGGAAGGCGAAGCCCGAAGCCAGCGCGAUUCCCCAUCACCUAAUCAUGAGAAACGCUCCGUUCGAGAAAGAAGACCUCGCUCAGCAUCGCCGUUAG